AUGGGCCGGUAUAAAAGGGCUGAGAGGACGUCGGUGUUCAAACUCACCUCGCUUCCUCUCCUCCACACGACCAAACCCUCCGUCUCUGACGCCAUGAGCGGCUACUACGGCAACUACUUCGGCGGCUGCGGCUACGGCGGCCUGGGCUGGGGCUACGGCGGCCUGGGCUGCGGCUACGGCUGCGGCGGCUACCGGGGCCUGGGCUGGGGCUACGGUUACCCCUACGGCUACGGCUGCGGCUUCGGCCGUGGUUACGGAUUCGGCUGCUACCGCCCGUCCUGCUCCGGGAGCUACUGGUCCUCCGGCUUCUACUGA